CAAGGCCUUGAGGGACGAGGAGAUGAAGUGUCCCUGGUUGAUCAAUAUGAGCUUCAUCCAACUUUCGUCUUCCAUGUUGCUCGGUGCGCUCAGGGCUCCUCGACUUCUUUAGGACCUUGGCACAGAUUCAAUUGGUAAAGUUCCUCUACUUGACCGACUUGAACGUUACGUGUUCUGGAACCAGCUUGACCGGACGUAAAUACGUAGCUUGGAGGUGCUGAUGAUCACAUUCCGUCAUGCCUUAGUGGCGCAGCUUUAUGAGAAGCUGCUUGGAUGGCGGAAGAAAUCAUCGCUAGAACAUACUUAUAACGUCAAACGCCAUCAAACAUUGACAACAAUUUUUGACUUCAGAAUAUGAGACUGGAGAAGCGACUCAUGCUCUUCAUGUUUCGUCUGGCGCUAGUGCGUCUGGCAUUUACAUCUCCUUUGGUUCUACUCCCACGAUUUCGCGUUUCUUUUCGACGGUCUUUUGCGAUGGGGGUUCUACCUUUGAUGCCUGGCUGAACAUGUCGACAACCAAGAUAUCGCAACUGCUAGUAUCGCUACCUUUUGCAAUGUCGCAAAUGGGAUUUGUUUCUGGCAUACUUGCUAUCUUGAUUCAGUCUACUGUAGGCUGCUGGAGCGCUUGGAUGAUGAACACCUUGUACCUGCAGUAUCGUCAUAAUAGGCUGAAAGACGACCCCCACUCUUUCAAGCGCCACACUAUACAGAUGCACGAGGUUCUUGGCGGUCUUUUAGGACGCCGCUGGGAAACAAUCACACUGAUAUUUAACUUUGGAAUCAUGUUCAGCUUUGCAGCUAUUCAAAUGGUUGCUGUUGGAAACAUCGUAUACUACAUCAAUGACAAGUUAGAACGAAGAACUUGGACUUUAGUCCUCGGUUCAUGCUUUGCAACGACUGUCUUCAUUCCCUCGCUUCGGAACUAUAGAAUGUGGUCUUUCGCCGGUCUUGUGAUGAUCGUUUACACUGCUUUGUAUAUGGCAUUUGCUUCUUUCGCAAUUCACCAGGAUGACGACGUGAGGCACACGGCACCUCACAGCAUCAGGAGCUACUUCAACGGGUUUGCUAGCACUAUCAUAUUUGGAGCUCAUGCGAUCCCAGUGGAGCUAAUGGAUGCGAUGUGGCAACCUUCAAAAUACAAGCUGACUUCUCUCUAUUCGGACUUGUUCAUGACACCUGUGGUGCUGUUUUCGAUUAUAAGCGUCUACUGGGCUUUCGGAGACAACGUACAGUAUAAUGUCUUCUCUUUGCUCCCACGCACAAAAUUUCGUGAUGCGGCAGUGGUUCUUAUGCUCCUACACCAGCUCAUCGAGUAUGGGAUUUUGUCACAGCCUCUAUAUAUUAUUGUAGAGAAGUGGUUAAAAGUUCAUCAGUCUCCAAGCUACUGGAAGAAAACGUUGGUCAGAACUCCAGUCUUUUUGGCAUCCUUGUUGGUGGCUAUUAUGUUCCCGUUUUAUGGAACUUUGAGCUCGGCGGCCGGGUCCAUCUUUAUGACCUGGCUAUACGUCAUUCCCUGUGCUGCGUCCGUGCUCGUCUAUUGGACUUCCAAAUCUCAAAAGAAUGCAAUCGAGCAGCCUCCGUUUGGCAUGAGCUGGUUGAGCCUCCACUGCAUGAACUUGGGAGCCAUCCUUUGGAUGGUAAUCAUGGCCGGUGGCUUUGCAACAUGGGCAAGCAUCAGCGUGCUAAGGAACCAAGCUCACGAGUUUGGACUGUUCGCAAAGUGCUAUCGGUGCCCCGGAAGACGCUCGUAGUCUGUGCUCCUCGUGCCUUCGCAAAUCUCUGCGCUCUGAAACAAGGCACCUUUGCUACUACUGAUCACCAGUGUUUACUCCAGAGGUUGAAAAGAGUGCUUGGCAGCUCGAGCUUCACGGGCUUUUGGUCCUGCAAUCCAAGUGAAGUGUGGCAAGAGCAAGCGGCAUAGUUGCAAACCUGUUCCGGGGAGAUGAAACAACGAAGAGCUGUAACAGUAGAAGCAGUGGCACGGGCAGAAGAACGUGGAGGCAGUGCCAAGAAACGGAGUGGUGUCGAGCGUUACAUGGUUGCGUUGUGGUGCGGCGGCCUGGCAUUGGAUCAUAGCAAGCACCACAGAGGCAAGAACAAGCAUGGAGUAAACCUCUCAAAAUAAUCUCUUUUUGUGACAAAACAUGAUGAAAGUUCUUGCAAGCUAAUGCUUGUGUGGUACAGGCGACUACUAUGAUCUCCCCUGAGGCACCAUUUAUCUCAAACAUUACAGAAGUGUUAUGUAUUGAGAAUGAUCGUCUUAUUAAACCUUUGGAUUUGCUUUU